CAAUUUUAGGGGUUGGUAUCUUCUCGGAACAUUCGGGACGGCCCUUUUGUUCUCGUAAGGUAUUUUUUGGUAUACGACAAGUGCUUGGAGCACUACCUGUCAUGGGCGGUUGGUGAUUCGAGAAAUGUGCUUCUUUGGGUUUUGUUUUUUAUUUUUCGCCAUGGGCGUCUGCAAAACAAAUUAAGAAAUUCCGCAGCAUGGAAGCAAAAUAGGGGAUAAUGCUGGCGUGCGUUUGUCAGCCGGGAGAUCCGUCUGUUUUUAGACGAUCUCCCAUUCCGUUGGGCGCUCCGCCGCUGCGCCUUCCCGUCACAAACCGGGAACCGAAACCCGGCACAUCCAUCCGGGUGUAUCCACCAUCGACGUACAACGACCGACAAAUAUCAAGGAACGUCGAGAGACUGGUGAAACUAGGACGAAGCUCCCAGACCAACAAAACGAAUGCAAAAUCAAACGACAAUACUUUAUCGGCCUGUGAUCUCGAGCGUAGACAUGUUAAGGAUGAAGUUGGCGAGAGAAAGACUCUCGCAAACGGCAAGCUACCCGACGAAGUGCAGUUAACCCUGAGUGAACUGCGCGAGAUGGCGUGCAGACAGCAGGCGCAGAUCGACUCUCAGCAUCAGCUGUUGGCCGCUAAAGAACAGCGGUUGCGUUACCUCAAAGAGCAGGAGGCGCGACAGCAACGCGUACACGCCGAAAGCGAACGGCUGCGCAGAUUGCGAGAGCGCGUGGACGCGCAGGAGCUGAAGCUGCGCAAGCUGCGCGCGCUGCGCGGACAAGUGGACCACCAAAAGCAAAACAACAUUUCCCUUACAAGUGACCUUGAUUCGAUACGAGCGCUUUUCAAUGAAAAGGAAAAGGAGUUAUCGUUGGCGGUGGCCAAAGUUGAGGAGUUGACGAGGCAACUCGAGGAACUUAGGCGAGGCAGGACGACAAGAGACGCACCUCCGGCAUCCGCUUUGGAACUGGAUAAGCUUCGCAGAGAACUAAUGUACCGAAACAAAUUGAACGAGCAACAAAAUCAAAGAUUGAACCAACAACGCGAAGCGCUGACCGCCCGACAGGAGGAAAUGAGCGCGAUUGAUAAGCGAAUAUCGGAACUGCAAGAGCGACUGCACCGAAAAAGAUUGCUCAAUCAGCAGCUGGCCAGUCAGAUUAGUGCCGCUUCACACAAGGCCGCUUACCACCAAUUAGUCAGAUUAACUGGAAACGCGGAUCAAAACAAUCCAACAUUUGCAAGGAAACCGCAGAAUGGAAAUAAUGCGCUGAGUGGAUUGCUGCGUAGCAACAUUGCUGCAGUUGAACCCUACAACCAUGUUCCUUUACAAUCAAAUCAACAAAUCAGAGGAGUAAACCAAAAAGAUGAGAAUUCCACAUAUCAUUCGAUAUAUCAACAAAACCAACAUAUCAAACAAGACUCCAAUCAAAACGCCAACCUAUUGGAACCUCAACUUUCUGGCAACGUGGCAAAUUUCUACCCACGGACCGAUGAGAGCGAAAACUUUAAAGAAUUCGCGGUGUCCAAAUCUGAUCCUAAGUACCAGACGUUGCCGUAUAAUACGAAAUUCACUGUUAAUUUGGUUCCCAAUAUGCCUAAAAUUAAAAAUGACAACUUUGAACACAACGAACUUAAGGAAGGCGCGGCCUACGCUCAAAGUGUAAUUAACAAUAACACCAAUAUUCAAUCAAUGCACAUGACAGUGCACAGUGCACCUUUGAACACCAUUAAUAAAAAUAUAGCGACUCCAUUGAACCAGCAUGAUUUGUUAAGUAAGAAGAAUAGCGAUGCAAAAGAUCAGAAUAUCGUAAAUGAUGAAGAUUCGAACGAAGUGGAGGCGAAGUCACUAAACGAUCCUUUAAAUUUGAAAGCAGCUUAUCAGAAACCCAUUAGCAGUGUGGCCCCGACGUCCAUUCACCACACAGGCAUACCAUCAACCGUCUAUCAAACAUCAUCAAUAAAAGUUCAGCCGGUAGAACCACAAACUAUAUCUGUAUCCACCAAAAUUGCGGCGCCCGUUUCCUACAGCAGUCCUAUAAGUAACGUGCAAUCACUUCAAAACUCCACUUUGUCCCCACCCCAAUCUGCAAGUACUCCUUUAAGCAGUUCGGAAAUUGAUAAAUCACCGAAACCGGCCUUGCCCCCAAAACCUGCCAUAAAACCACCUCCUAGGCAGACCCAGUUAAUCAAUGAAGAGAGCUUAAAACCCCCGCCCCUUCCACUUUGUGAUCCACCCGAUGAAAACGUCGAUGCUAUAACCAAACCGCCGAUGGUAUCCAAUCAUAAAGCUCUGGGUGUCGACUCGUCUAUAAACAAGCCUAAUCUUAUGGCUCAAUCUGAAAAGAUUAUCAAGGCGAAGCCGCUUAACAUUAAGAAACAGCCUCUGUUUGAACAGCCAAAAUUAAGGAGCUAUAAUUCAUAUUCAAAGAUGAAUGGCAUAGCUUUAAACUCGAGGAAGAUGGAAAUGCCGCCAUAUUUUCCAUUUAUCGAGAAUCACACCGCCGAGAAACCAGACCCCUUAAGGCCGACUAUCCAGGAGAAAGAUGCUAGAGACGAGCCUGAUAAACUAUCUCCCUCGUCUGUAGAAGAGGUGUCCGAGUGUAAAGACCCAAACAAAGACGACUGCGUUAUCAGACGAUGCAAAAAAGGCAAUUUGAAACAAACGGGUAAAACGAACCUCUCCAGGCGGGUUAGUUUCGAUCCAUUGGCUCUACUGUUGGACGCCAGUUUGGAAGGGGAAUUGGAAUUGGUUAAAAAAACGGCCUCUCAAGUCACCAAUCCAAGUGCGGCAAACGACGAAGGCAUAACGGCGUUACACAACGCAAUCUGCGCGGGGCACUUUGAAAUCGUCAAAUUUCUGGUAGAAUUCGGAUGUGACGUCAAUGCGCAGGACAGUGACGGGUGGACGCCCUUGCAUUGUGCGGCCAGUUGCAAUAAUUUGACGAUGGUCAAAUUCCUCGUCGAACACGGCGCCUGCAUUUUUGCAACGACUUUAAGUGAUCACGAAACUGCAGCUGAGAAGUGCGAGGAAGAUGAGGAAGGCUUCGACGGUUGUUCGGAAUAUUUGUACAGUGUACAAGAAAAGUUAGGUAUUUUAAAUGGCGGUACGGUGUAUGCGGUAUUUGACUAUACUGCACAACAGCCAGAUGAGAUUAGUUUCACAGCCAGCCAGCAAUUCACUGUUUUAAGAAAAGGCGAUGAGAACGAACGUGAGUGGUGGUGGUCCAAGUUAGGAGACAAAGAAGGCUACAUCCCAAGGAACUUACUUGGGCUAUAUCCGAGAGUGCAAAGAGAUGAAGAGGUCACCCAUUGAAGUGCAAGCAAUUUAUUAAAAUGAUCCUCGAAAGUCAGUGUACCUUGUAUGAUUUUUCUUAAAAUUUUCAAUUGUUUUAUAACGUUCACCUUUGCUCAUUAUAUAGUGUUAUAUUGUCCAGUUAAAGGUAGAACUUUAUUGUUAAUUUAUAAUCCGUUAUCUGUUGUUAUGCUUUAAUGUAAUAAUAAUCAUUUUAAUAUAUUUUUAAAUAUUGUAUAUACUAUAAAUAUAAAAUGAAAAUUAUUUACAUUAAAUAAUAUUGUCCAUUAAC